GCCACCAUCGUUGUGAAAAUAACGGCGGCUUCCAUGCUGUACCGGAAGCAGUGCCGUGGAGAACAGACCUGACGUGGCGAGGCCAGAGGACGCUAUGGCAGGCCUGAGGUACAGUGUAAAAGUCUAUGUCCUGAACGGAGAGGAGGAAUGGAACAAUCUAGGCACCGGUCAGAUCUCAUCCACCUAUGACGAGCAGUUCCAGGGCAUGUCGCUGCUUGUUCGGUCAGAUUCAGAUGGGUCAGUCAUUCUGCGGUCACAGAUACCUCCAGACAGGCCCUAUGGGAAAUACCAAGAGACGCUAAUUGUUUGGUAUGAAGCUGAGAACCAGGGUUUGGUGCUAAAAUUCCAAGACCCAGCCGGCUGCCAGGAUAUUUGGAAAGAAAUUUGCCAAGUUCAAGGUAAGGAUCCGUCUAUCCAAACCACAGUGAACAUUUCAGAUGAACCAGAGGAAGACUUUAAUGAAAUGUCAGUAAUUAGUAAUACGGUUUUGCUGCCUGACUGUGAACUCAAUACACUUGAUCAAAUUGCUGACAUAGUUACCUCAGUUUUGUCGUCACCUAUUACGGAUAGGGAAAGACUGGCUGAGAUCUUGAAAAAUGAGGCUUAUAUUCCAAAACUACUGCAACUGUUCCACACUUGUGAAAAUCUAGAGAAUACUGAAGGUUUACACCAUUUGUAUGAAAUUAUUAAGGGAAUUUUAUUCCUCAACAAGGCAUGUCUGUUUGAGAUAAUGUUUUCUGAUGAGUGUAUCAUGGAUGUGGUGGGAUGCCUUGAGUAUGACCCUGCUUUGGAUCAGCCAAAAAGGCAUAGGGACUUCUUGACCAACGAUGCAAAGUUCAAGGAAGUUAUACCAAUAACUAACUCUGAACUUAGGCAAAAAAUACAUCAGACAUACAGAUUACAGUACAUUCAUGACAUUCUUUUUCCUGUGCCUUCCAUAUUUGAAGAUAAUUUUCUUUCUACACUUACAACUUUUAUUUUCUCCAACAAGGCUGAGAUAGUAAGCAUGCUGCAGAAAGAUCACAAAUUUUUGUAUGAAGUUUUUGCACAGUUAAAGGAUGAGACUACACAUGAUGAUAGACGGUGUGAAUUGCUAUUUUUUUUCAAGGAGUUAUGUUCAUUUUCUCAGGCAUUACAGCCUCAAAGCAAGGAUACACUAUUUGAAACGUUGACACAGUUGGGAGUUCUUCCUGCUCUUAAAAUCGUAAUGAUCAGGGAUGAUUUGCAAGUAAGGUCAGCUGCUGCAGUUAUAUGUGCUUAUCUAGUGGAGUACAGUCCAUCCAGGAUCCGAGAAUUUAUAAUUUCAGAAGCUCACGUGUGCAAAGAUAGUGACCUUUUCAUUAAUGUAAUAAUUAAACAAAUGAUCUGUGAUACUGAUCCUGAGUUAGGGGGUGCUGUUCAUUUGAUGGUAGUUCUGCAUACUCUACUUGAUCCACGCAACAUGCUGACAACACCUGAGAAAAGUGAAAGAAGUGAAUUUCUACAUUUCUUCUACAAACAUUGCAUGCAUAAAUUUACAGAACCACUUUUGGCUGCCACCUCAGAACACAACUGUGAUAUAGCUGGAUAUGACAAAAGCAAAAAUUGCCCCAAUGAUAAUCAAACAGCACAACUGCUUGCUUUGAUAUUAGAGCUACUUACAUUUUGUAUACAACAUCAUACAUUCUACAUAAGAAGCUAUAUCUUGAACAAAGACUUGCUAAGAAAGGCCUUGAUAUUGAUGAAUUCAAAGCAUACUCACCUGAUUUUGUGUGUUCUUCGCUUUAUGAGAAGGAUGAUUUGCCUUAAUGAUGAAGCUUAUAAUAAUUACAUCAUCAAGGGAAAUCUUUUUGAGCCAGUUGUAAAUGCUCUUCUAGAUAAUGGAACUCGGUACAAUAUGUUGAAUUCAGCUAUUCUUGAGCUAUUUGAAUACAUAAGAGUGGAAAAUAUCAAGUCUCUUGUUUCACAUAUAGUUGAAAAGUUUUAUAACACACUUGAAUCGAUUGAAUAUGUUCAGACAUUCAAAGGAUUGAAGAUUAAAUAUGAAAAAGAGAGAGACAGACAAAGUCAAAUACAAAAGAAUUUACAUUCUGUACUGCGAAAUAUAGUAGUUUUCAGAGGUACCAUAGAAGAAGUCGGGCUGGAAGAAGAAAUAUGUUUUAUGGAAGAUGCAGGAGAAGCAGUUAUGCCACCACUGGAAGAUGACGAUGAAUUUAUGGAGACCAAAAGAACCCAAGAAGGAGAAGCAGUUAUGCCACCACUGGAAGAUGACGAUAAAUUUACGGAGACCAAAAGAACCCACCAAGAAGGAGAAGCAGUUAUGCCACCACUGGAAGAUGACGAUGAAUUUAUGGAGACUAAAAGAACCCAAGAACAUGAAGACAAGGUAGACUCUCCCAAAAGAACAUCUUCUGGUGACUUCAAAUUCUCUUCAUCUUAUUCUGCUUGUGCUGCGAUUGGAACAGGUAGCCCAAGUGGUAGCAGUGUGGUUCGUUUAGUGGAUCAUCCAGAUGAUGAAGAAGAAAAAGAGGAAGAUAAAGAAGACGAAACAUCCCCCAAGAAGAAACCUCAUCUUAGCUCCUAAAAUCUAUAUGGGGCACCCUCAAAACGUGGCUCAACAAAAAUUUGAUAAAUGUCCAUGAGCGAAAAAGACUGAUUCCACAAGCUUUUUCAUGUGAACUUAUAAUGAUAAAUCACAGAUAUAAUGAGUUAAGAGGGUUUAAUUCUGUAAAAACAAAAUUUCUCAUAAUCUUAAAAAAAAAUAGUAACCAGAACCUGCGUGAUAAACUUUUUAGCAAGAAAGUCUUAAUUUGUGUCACGAUUUGGGGGAGGAAACCAUCUUUGGGAAGGAAAGUCUUAGUUUGGAAUGGGGAAGAACCAGGUUGAUAAUGUUAAUGUAGUUUUGUUCUAGAGGUAUAUAUUAGAAAUAAUAACAGUUCAGUUAAAAGCCUACAAAUUACUUGUAUAAUGGUACUAGCCAUGAUAUUCUUUCCUUCAGUUACCUUUUUAACACAAAACUUUAUGUUUAUAUGAAAAACAAAGUUAACUAUAAAAAAUGUUAGUCUCUUCAGACAUUUCUGUAAAGAUAUAACAAAAUUUCUGCUUAUAAGUAAUUGGAAGGAAGUAGCUUUCAGAGUGUACUUUCAUUCAUUAAAAAAGCAAACUGGAUUUACAA